AUGUUCUAAACAACUAGGGGCAAUCCACCUGUUUCUUAAAAUUUUUCUUUCUUUUCUUUAUAACAUCAUAAGUUUUUGAAUAUAGAUUUUAUGAAAAAUCUUAUUGAUCUUAAGAACAAUAAGUUAGAUUAUAAUUAUCAGAACAAUCAACUUUAAACAACUAGCUCAAACUAUAAUAAUCAUAUAAUGAUUAAACAAUAAAUACAGGAGUUUUUAUGUACUCCAACAAGUAUUAUGCAUAAUAACAUUUCCAUUCCUAUUGCUGAUUAUUCUUAACACAUUCACUAUUUGGAUGAGUAACUUCAGAAUUCACUAAUUCCAUUAGUAAACUUAGAGAUUGCUUUUGAUAUCUGUUCCAUCAUAGCUGGCAUAUCAACGAAAAUGCCUGAAUCUGGAACUCCAUAAACAACCACGUUGGCUGACAAUUUAGAUCUUAUAUAAUCAACCCAGAAAUAGGCGGAUAUUCUGAGCAUCCGGAGAUUAUUACCAGUUCUGCCUUUUAUAAUUCAUCAUUUAAAUCUGACAACCAUGAUUUAACUAUUUAAUCUCCUCUAAAAUAUAAUUUUUCACUAUUGUAUUCUACAGGAUCAGAUUUAUAUCCUUGAUGGACUAAAGAUAUUAAAUAAGUUCUACGUGUUCUAUCACAAUAAUUUAGGUGAAAUCAUAUUCCAGUUAUAGUAGUACUCAUUCGCAGUUUGGUUCUCUCAAACCAUCCAUGAUAAAACAUUUGUUUUUUUAAAUUUUUAGUGCUUCCCAAGACUGUCUUUGAUUAAGAUAAAUUGA